UCAUUCCUAUCACGGCACCGACUCUUAAGUUAAGGAUACGGUACCUAAUCUAAGGGUUGCGUGGUCCUGAGUCCGGACUUGGUCUAGGCUCUGAUGCAAUACACCUUUGGACUUGAACCCUGUGACGGAGCUAGUGGGAGACAGAUGUUAGAACAGGGAGAUAUGAACCAGGCCGAGUGGAGAUUAGGUCUCGCAUAUUAGGAAGGACCACCUGGAGACCAUCUAUACCCCCAGCCAUUAGGGUGGAGGAGAAGUGGAUCAUCGAGUGACAGGCCUGUCAACUACCCUAAUCUCAGGUUUAGUCAAGACCCUGAAGCUGCUAAAUAAUUUACUGUUAUUUACCGCAUUUGACAAUCGCCUUCAUAUCAAUAUGGUCGUGUUUUCGAGAAAUGUAUGGCGCUCUGAGCGAUUCUGCUGUACCACCAGCCCCUGCAUUAUUCCCCCCAUUCCCCAAGAUGGCAAGUAGUUGCCGCGUUAAAGAACCUCCGACCAAAAGGAAGGGGAAUAAACCCUGUGCUCGAACCUGGUGCUAAAACUUCCUCCUAUCCAAGCACGACUCGCACCAACCCCGACCCUCAAGCCACAGCGCUCAUCAACUCCAAAAGGAAUCCAACAUCCUCCAAAUUCAAGGACGCAAGCCGUAAUUUCGACUCGUUCGUCAAAGUGGAACAUCCAUAGGUCAAUCCGCGCCCUUUCAGACUUUCACCCACCGCAUAACCACAAAAUACACCAAUCAUGACUCCAUAAACUGUGGCAAGUCAUCGGUUCCGAACAAACCCCCCACGCCAAGCAAAACCCAAAACCUUCAGUGCAGUCUCAGACUCCAUCUUCCCUGGGAUGCAUUUCGUUCACGAACUCCACGCUAUCGCGAAAAAGUACACAGUCAGAACCAAUCAUCUCGUUAGCUGGUGAUUGAUAUUCGCCUAAUUCCCCACGUUUGUCCUCGUGUCGUCGGCGCAUGUCGACCCGUUCACCCCCGCAUUCCCCCAGGAAAUCAUUACCAACUCGGCCGAUCUCCGAGCCAACUCGGCCAUCUUGCUACGCUGGACACUGUGUGACCUUUCCCUCGGCUGCUCGGAUGAAAGCCGCUGGUAGGCUUUUAGAUAAUAGAGCUGGACUUCCUGGUUACCCUGGCCCUGCUUUGGCAAACACACCGGAUCAGUCAUCUCUCGAUCCCGUCAAAAUUGCGCUUGGUAAAUUGCUGAUCUGAUACGCAUAAUUCACCAUGGCGAUGUGGUAUUCGCUCGGCAUUGCGUUCUUCGCUGCCAUCGGCACUUUUUUGUUUGGGUUUGAUACUGGCAUUGCGACGACGACUAUCGCGCACCAAAGUUGGGUUGAUUAUAUGAAAAAGCCCUCCAAGGGCUUGACCGGAGCUGUGGUAGCUGUGUAUAUCGCCGGUGAGGCCGGCGGAGCCCUGACACAGACCUUCAUCGGUGAUAGACUUGGGCGCAUCCGGUUCAUGCAGCUGAUGUGUGUAAUCGUGACGAUUGGCACAAUCAUCCAGACUGCCUCUAUCAACAUCGGCAUGUUCCUCGCUGGUCGCGUCCUAGCCGGCUACGCAGUCGGCGGCAUGGUCGCUACGGUACCAAUCUACCUCAGCGAGAUCUCAGACCCACGCUUCCGCGGCCUGAUCGGCGGUAUCUCCGGCUGCGGCAUCUCUUUCGGCACCAUGAUGUCUAACUGGGUCGGUUUCGCCUGCAGUUAUGCCUCCUAUGGCCCAGUACAAUGGCGUCUCCCUUUGGGUAUCCAGAUUCCCUGGGGCGUGAUCAUGUUCGCCGGGUUGGCAACUUUUAUGCCCAACUCACCACGUCAGUUAAUCCGUAAUGGGAAGGUUGAUGAGGCACGAACUGAGUUCUCGCGAAUUCGACGGGGCGUGAACUCGCAUGAGGUUGAGGAGGAGUUUGUGCUUAUGCAGGCGCAGAUUGAGUAUGAGAUGGAGAGGGAGAUUAAGAGCUAUCGAGAAAUUUUUAGACUCUUCCGUCGUCGGGUUUUGGUGUCCAUUGCUGUGCAGACUAUGACUAGUCUGACUGGUGUCAACGUGAUCCAGUACUAUCAAACAAUCCUGUACAAAUCCCUCGGCAUUGGCUCACACCAGAUUCUCGCCCUUGCCGCCGUCUACGGCACCAUCGCCUUCUUUUCAAACGCUAUCACCACAAGGUUUAUGACGGACCAGUGGGGCCGCCGCAAAAUGAUUAUCACUGGAUUGGCGGGCAUCGUGCUUAUCGAGAUCUACGCUGCUGUCAUGCAGCGCGAGUUCCAGAAUACUGAUAAUCGGGUUGGCAAGGGCUUUGCUAUUCUGGGCAUUUAUCUUUUCGUCGUGUGUUACUAUGGUUUCCUCAACAGCACAACCUGGCUCUAUGGUGCAGAGGUCCUACCCAUCGCGCUGCGGAGCAAAGUGAUGGGUCUGGCGGCAGCCUCACACUUUAUCGUCAAUGUUGCCAUCACCGAGGCUGGACCCAGCGCAUUCGCCAAUAUCCACGAGAACUACUACUACGUCUUCGUAGUGUGCUCCGCCUUUUUCCUUGUUAUCGCAUACUUUUUCUUCCCCGAGACCAAGCAAAAGACUCUCGAAGAAGUCGCUGCUUCGUUCGGCGACCGGGUUGUCCUGGCCGAUGAGGCUCCUAAGCGAGUCUCUGUCACCGGAAAAGCUGACCACGUCGAAUCGGCGGACCCGUCUGCUUCAGCGUCUGCCUCAGCCUGAACUGCAAAAGUUCCUUCCCUUUGAAGCAAGCAUGCCGAGAACAUCUCAUCUUGGCGGGUAUAUGUAUACGCAAUCGUGGCAAGACUGUGUCAGCCCCCAGGGCCCAGCGUUCUUGGUUUCAGGAUAGAUCAGAUACUUUAUCUACAAAGCACACCUGAAGAUCUGAGAUCCACAUUUGAAUUCGG